AUGCCGAUGGCUUUACAUGCGCCGCAUGCGCGCGCGAUUGUGCUUUGCGAGUAUUCUCCCCCGUCACCCAUGAGCCCCUCCGACCAUCGCUGCUACCGGGUCGACGGCCCCCAUGGUCCCAGCCAUGGCCAGCGCAUGUUCAACCAGAUGCUAAGCAAAAUCGAUCUAGAUCUCGAGAAGUAUGAGCAACUUCUCAUUUCAACCUUCUGGGGAAAUGAGACGGAGCUCAAUGUCCUCACCGAUGCGACCAAACAGCGAGUUCAUGAAUGA